AUGACUCUCAAUCUUCGACAGAAACAAACAGAAUGCAUCGCACGAAUGCUGAACCUGAACCAACCAAUAAACGCCACCGGAACGAACGAAGAAGCCUACAAGAUUCUGAUCUACGACAAAUUCUGCCAGAAUAUCCUCUCUCCGUUAAUCCACGUCAAAGAUCUACGAAAACACGGCGUUACUCUCUACUUCCUCAUCGACAAAGACCGCAAACCCGUUCACGACGUUCCCGCCGUUUACUUCGUCCAACCGAUUCAAUCCAAUGUUCAGAGAAUCAUCGCCGAUGCUUCUCGAUCUCUGUAUCAAUCUUUUCACCUCAAUUUUUCAACUUCCAUUCCUCGUCCGCUUCUCGAGGAUCUCGCUUCUGGAACGCUGAGUUCCGAUUCGAUUCAUCGGGUUUCCAAGGUUCAUGAUCAGUAUCUUGAGUUUGUUACUCUGGAGGAUAAUUUGUUUUCGUUGGCGCAGAAGUCUUGUUUCCUUCAGCUUAAUGAUCCGUCUGCUGGUGACCGGGAGAUUGAGGAUAUUGUUGAGAAGGUUGUUUCGGGUUUGUUUUGUGUUUUGGCGACUCUUGGUGUAGUGCCGGUUAUUCGGUGUGCUCGUGGUGGUCCCGGGGAGAUGGUUGCUACUGCGUUGGAUCAGCGGAUUCGUGAUCAUUUGUUGUCCAAGAAUAAUUUGUUUACUGAGGGUGGGAAUUUUGUUAGCUCUUUUCAGCGUCCAGUUUUGUGUAUCUUUGACAGGAACUUUGAGCUUCCGGUGGCGAUUCAGCAUGAUUUUCGGUAUAGGCCGUUGGUUCAUGAUGUUUUGGGGUUGAAGUUGAAUAGGUUGAGUGUUCAAGGAGAGAAAGGUGGGAUGAGGUCUUAUGAAUUGGAUAGUGCCGAUCCGUUUUGGGUUGCUAAUGGAGGGCUGGAGUUCCCUGAGGUUGCGGUGGAGAUUGAGACUCAGUUGAAUAAGUAUAAGACUGAUGUUGAUGAGGUGAAUAAGAGGACUGGAGGAAAUCAUGGUGCGGAGUUUGAUGGGACGGAUUUGAUUGGUAACACGAAGCAUUUGAUGAAUGCUGUGAACUCUUUGCCCGAGCUUACGGAGAGGAAGCAGGUGAUUGAUAAGCAUACCAACAUUGCUACUGUUUUGUUGGGUGAGAUCAAAGAGAGGUCUCUUGAUUCUUAUGCUAAGAAGGAGAAUGACAUGAUGGUUCGAGGGGGCAUUGAGCGGAGUGAACUUCUAAGUGUGCUCAGAGGGAAGGGAACCAAGAUGGAUAAGCUUCGAUUUGCAAUCAUGUAUAUUAUUUCAUCGGAAACUAUUAAUCCGACUGAAGUGGAAGCUGUGGAAACAGUGCUGAAAGAGUCUGAGGUUGAUACUGCUGCUUUUCAGUAUGUGAAAAAGAUUAAGUCUCUUAAUGUUACAUUCGCGUCCGCGAAUUCUGCUAGUAGAAGUAAUAUUGUUGACUGGGCUGAGAAACUCUAUGGACAAUCAAUAAGUGCGGUGACUGCCGGUGUCAAAAAUCUCUUAUCUAGCGACAGGCAGCUAGCGUUGGCGAGGACUGUCGAAGCCUUGAUUGAAGGGAGACCAAAUCCUGAAACAGAUAUAUACCUGGCAUUCGAUCCUCGUGCUCCUAAGUCCGGUGCUGGAGCAAGUGGCAGCCAUUUGAAAGGACCAUUUAAGGAAGCAAUUGUGUUCAUGAUUGGUGGUGGUAAUUAUGUUGAAUAUUGUAGUCUUCAAGAGCUUGCACAAAAUCAGCAACCUCCCAAGCAUAUUAUAUAUGGAACAACCGAACUUUUAACUGGAGUGGACUUUGUAGAGCAGCUUACAUUGUUGGGGAAGAAGAUGGGUUUGGGUAACGUUGGUCCUACCCCAGCUCAGUAG